AUGUCACGUUGCUUUCUUGACGCUUUUCCAGUCGAAAUUUUAUAUGCAAUUUUUAGUUAUUUUCUUGCACAUGAAAUUCUUCUCACCUUUUCGAGUGCGUCUCCAUUUGUCGACGCUGCAUUAGUUACUUACUCGGACUAUCGAAUUGAUUUUAAAUCAAUUCUCAAGCGUCAUUUUGAUCUUGUAUGCCGGCGAAUUCGUCCAGAUCAAGUCGUUUCUCUUAAACUUUUCGAUGACGAUGAUACGCCUUGUCAAAUCAAAAUUUUCCUUUCGCAAUUUCAAAUCGAGCAAUUUACUCGUCUACGAUCAUUAACAUUGCCUGAUGUUCAAACCAGUUGGUUGCAACAUAUUCUUUCAAAUUUAAACAAACUUGAACGUCUAAAUUCGCUGAAAUUAGUAAAUACGCCAUUUUCUGGUCGAAUCUAUGAACGUAGUGAUUGUCUCAUAAAUUAUACAGUAGAAAAUCGCUUGAAGUGCAUACCAUUAUCACACCUUCAACAAUUAACAAUCUCAAACUGUUCUUUUCAUGACCUUGAAAAUAUUUUUACUCGAGCACUACAACUUAAGUCACUCAAUAUACAACUGACGGGUGCGGCUGCAAGCUUAAAAUAUUUUCCUGUUCUACCUCAAUUGACAAGUCUCAUGCUGAAAAUUGACGACGAAAACAGCGCUUUUGUUCCAACUGGCAAUAAUUUGAUCUUGUCAAUGAAUACGUUUGAAUUCUUUCUCUCGAAAUUACCUCGUCUUCGACAUCUAGUAUUAGAUGGACAAGCUCAUACGAGUAUUAUCGAUGGACGCCGAUGGGAAAUUUUAGCGAUGGAUCUUCUUACGUUCAAUUUCAAUUUUAAACUUGAAAUUAAUCAAAUCGAGCAAAUUCUUGAAACUUUUCGUACUCCAUUUUGGAUUGAAAGAAAACGAUGGUUUGUCGCCUAUAUACAUGGUCGUCUUUUCUCGGUGCCACAUUUUGUUGGCAGAUGCAUUACUCUUCCUUUUCAUACACCUGUUCAUUCGACCACACCCAAUGAUGAGCUAUUUUAUGAACAUGUAGAUAGCCUUGGACUGCCUAAUGCUGAAAUCGACGAUGUACAUCGUUUCGCUCAUGUUACGACAUUGAGAUUGGAACUAGCAAUUCGAUUGACAACUAUUCAAACUAUGAUUGAUCUAAGUCGAGUACGAGAAUUGAUUCUCUACGGUCGUGAGAGUCUGUCGAUUAUUUUGCAAAUUCCGACCGUCAUGCCUCGGGUCGAUAAAAUAUCGCUCUAUUUUGGUAUUUCUGAAAAUAUUAAUAAUGAUCUUCGAAGAAUCCGAGACAUGCAACCGAUUAAACAAGUUCGAACGCUUCAAAUAAUUGGUAGUAAGUACAUGUCACAUGUCAGAAAUAUGUCUUCUAUUAAAGAACUAUGCCGUAUAUUUACGCAUGUGAAACAAUUACAUGUAUUCGAUCAGACGUCGAUUAGACACAUUGGCUGUUGGAUAGAUGGAUUCAAAUACCUGUCCAAUGCAUCUUUUUACUUAUCUCUUUCGAUGAAUGAAACUAUAAAUCAUCGAUUAAUGCGUAAACCAAAUAUGCUAGUGAAUGGUUCAUGCUCUUUAGCGAAUGGUACAUUUGAAUGUCGAAUUAUUGACUUGGGUGAAAGAAAGGCAUAUUGUAGUAUUUGGAUCGGGGAUCAGGCAAGUCUUUCCCAAUACUAA